GCCGGCGGACUCCGGCCGCCCUCGGCCGGCUGCUCAGCCGCGGCACCGGCUCGGUCCUCCCUGGGCUCUUCGGCCGCAGCUCCUCGUCCGCUGCUGGCUCGAGCCGGGCCGCAGCCCCCGGGAAGCGCUGUCGGAGUCCCGGCGCUGGCUGGGCGGACGCCGCUGCCCGCAUGGCGGCCAUCACGGCGCUGCAGCAGUGGUGCCGACAGCAGUGCGAGGGCUACCGGGACGUGAGCAUCACCAAUAUGACCACGUCGUUCCGCGACGGCCUGGCCUUCUGUGCCAUCCUGCACCGCCACCGGCCGGACCUCAUAAACUUCAAUGCUCUCAGGAAGGAAAACAUUUAUGAAAACAACCAACUGGCCUUCCGUGUGGCUGAGGAGCAGUUGGGCAUCCCCGCUCUGCUGGACGCCGAGGACAUGGUGGCGCUGAGGGUGCCCGACCGCCUGAGCAUCCUGACCUACGUGUCCCAGUACUACAACUACUUCCACGGACGCUCCCCCAUUGGGGGCAUGGCCGGUGUGAAGAGGCCUCCAUCGGACUCCAGUGAGGAACCAUCUGGAAAGAAGGCCCCAUCCCAGCCAGCCAGGCCCUUGCCCACCCCAGCCCGGGGGCAGCCACUGUCUCCAGUCAGCACAAACCCCACUGUCCCGCGGAAGGAGGGGGGCACAGAAGGGCCGCCACGGAAGGCUGGCCCGGCCUCGGCGCCCAGCUCCGUCAGCGGCACCUGCGGCAUCUGCGGGCAGCACGUGCACCUGGUGCAGCGCCACCUGGCCGACGGGAGGCUGUACCAUCGCGGCUGCUUCAGGUGUAAGCAGUGCUCCAGCACGCUGCACUCGGGGGCCUACAGAGCCACGGGAGAGCCCGGCGUCUUCGUCUGCUCCAGCCACCACCCCGAGACCGCCUCUGCUGGCCCCCACGGCCCCACGGACGCCAAGCUCCCCGGCGCCCCGAGGAAGGCCCAGGAGGCCCAGGAGGCGCACGGGCAAAGAGACGCAGGGCCAAAAGCCAGGCCAUCUGCCUGGGAACCCAGGGUGGGCAAUGUGACUGCCAGAGGUUUUGCUCCAGCCGCAGCUGACCCUCCGGCCACCACUGCCUCCUCCCACGCCCCCAUGGGGAGCCCAGCUGGGCCCAGGUUCUUGGCAGGCCUUGCGCCUGGCAAAGCCAGUACUCAUGUGACCAACAGCUCUCCGACGGGGUGGUCACUGCCGCCAGGCAGCUCUCGCUCAGCCACGACCCCAAGUGCCCUGGACCCUCGCCCGGCCACGCCACAAGGCCAGGUAACCCCCAAAGUCGCCGCCCCCCAGACCAAGCUCAGUUCAAGGCCAGCAUCUCCAGCCCCGGCCAAGGCUCCGGCCUCCACCUCGUCGACCCUUAGGAUGCAGCAGGCCCGGGAGAGGUUCUUCCAGACGCCUGGAGCUGCCCUCGACCAGGGCCCGGCUGGCAGGGUCCCCGCUGCCGCCGAGGACGCCGCUUCCAGGGACAGCAGCAAGGCGCAGGCGCGGAGCUUCCUCCAGAAGGCCCUUCCAGAGCUCAGGGAGGCUGGUGCUCAGGCCCCCGGCAGGCCCUCCCUGGCCCCCGCCCCUGCUCUGAAUUCCCAUCCCAGAACCGAAGGGCCAGGAGCAAAUCCGUCAGCCAAACUGUCAAGGGUGGCGUCUCCCCAGGCCCUGGACCCCGCGGCAAGGACUGAGCCACCGGCGCCUCUGAGUGUAGGCAGCACCAUGCGGGCGUCGCCCCAGGCAGGCAAGAAGGUCUCGCCUGCACCCUCGGGGGCCGUCAAGGCAGGUGCUGGCUCCAGGCCGAAGCCGGAGGCCUCGCUGGCCAAGGGCCUGGCGGCCGGUCCCCAGGAGGGCCAGGAGGACGGGCCGGCAGGAUGGAGGGCCCGCCUGAAGCCCGUGGAGAAGAAAAGUCCCCCUGAGAGGGCCCUGGAGCUGAAGGAGCCUCAGGUUCGUGGAGAGCCGAGGGUGGGCAGCACACCCGGAAAGGCCUCCGGGAGCUCCGAGGGGGGUAUCCGCGUCACCCUGACCCCCGUGCCGGCAGACAGGACACCAGGCCCGGCCGGCCCCGGGGCCAGCCUCUCAGCCGCCUCCCCAUCCCCAUCCCCCGCCCGCCGCAGGAAGCUGGCUGUCCCUGCCAGCCUGGACGUUUCUGGUAAUUGGCUUCAGCCCGAGCCCUCGGGGCGGGAAGCCCCUGCCUGGAGCCGGAAGCAGGAGGACAAACCAGGGAGGCCCUUGGGCCCGGCCGGGGUCCCCGCUCCGCCUGGCAAGUCAGUGACCUCCCCUGUCAGGCUGCACGCGGACUACGUGCCGCAGGAGGAGAUCCAGAGGCAGGUGCGAGACAUUGAGAGGCAGCUGGACGUCCUGGAGCUCAGGGGCGUGGAGCUGGAGAAGCGCCUGCGUGCGGCCGAGGGGGACGUCGCGGAGGAUGCUCUCAUGGUGGACUGGUUCCGGCUCAUCCAUGAGAAGCAGCUGCUGCUGAGGCUGGAGUCUGAGCUGAUGUACAAGGCCAGGGACCAGCGCCUGGAGGAGAAGCAGCAGGACCUCGAGGGGGAGCUGCGCCGGCUGAUGGCCAAGCCCGAGGGUCUGAAGUCCCCCCAGGACCGGCAGCGGGAGCAGGAUCUGCUGAACCAGUACGUGACCACGGUGAAUGACCGCAGCGACAUCGUCGACUUCCUGGAUGAGGACCGGCUCAGGGAGCAGGAGGAGGACCAGAUGCUGCAGAGCAUGAUCCAGAAACUGGGUGACUGUGGGCAGCGUGGGCGCGGGAGGCCGGGCUGGCUGGGCUCGGGGGCCGCUGGGCAUCCCGUGGGAGUAGGUGCCGGGCCCCGUGGUGGCACAGGCAGCCUCACCCUAAGGGAGCGAGUCCCCUGCCACUUGAGGGAUCCAAAGAGCAGCCGGUGACCAUGUGGUCAGGCUGCGCCCAGUCCAGGCUCCAAGGGCAGGUGGUUCCCACCGGGGGCGGGGUGCGGGUCGGCUCCGCUGGGGCCUGGCUUCCUUCAGGCUCUGGGUGGAAGGGACGGCUGCGGGGCGCUGGCCACGCGGUGGGCGAGCGAAGCCCCUGUGUCUGCCCCUCAGACCUGCAGAGGAGCGGCGGGGACCAGAGGAAAAAGCCCAAGUUCCGCUUGUCCAACAUCUGGUCCCCGAAGAGCAGAAGCAGGACCCCCGAGUAGCUGCCUGGCGGGGCUGCAGGACUCUGUCGGAGGCGGGGUGGGGACUUGGGCGAGCAGACCCGCACUGUCCUCUCUGUGGGGUCCAGGUGGCCUCAAUAAAGAAACUGCCUCUCCCGUGUGGCCGCGUGCACCUGGCA